AUGGCCCCUUUCCUUAAAACGGCUUCCCUCGCCGUCCUCGCCCUCCUCACCGCAUCCGCAACCGUAUCCGCAAACCCUGCGCCAGCAACGAAUGUUGGUCGUCGGUACCAAUCCUGCGGCGGUCAUGUCGUGAGACCCAAACCUUGCCCUCUCGGCUACAUUUGCAUUGAUGACCCGCGCGUACCUGGUUGCGGCAUGGCGUGCGAUAGACCGGGAAUUUGUGUCAGGUCAGAGUUCUGCGGCGGCAUUGCGGGUAUUCCGUGCCCGCAGGGGAAGAUAUGUUACGAUAACCCGACUGAUGACUGUGAUCCUAAGAAGGGUGGGGCGGAUUGCGGCGGGAUCUGCGUGUGA